CACAUCCCGCAUCUCUCUCUCUCUCUCUCUCUCUCUCUCUCUCUAUUUCUCUAUUUUUCUUUCCUUUCGGCGUCCAAACCCUAACCCUAGCGUUACAGACUAAAGCGGAUUCGCCAUGAAAGGAGGCCGAUCCAAGUCCGAUACAAAGAAAGCUGAUGCCAAGCUUUCUGUGAAGAAAGGGGCUGCUGCUACGAAAGCAGGAAAGAAAACAAAGAAGGAAAAGCCAGUAAAGGACCCUAACAAGCCUAAGAGGCCUGCCAGUGCCUUUUUCGUUUUCAUGGAAGAGUUUAGGAAGCAGUACAAGGAGAAGCACCCUUCCAAUAAAUCGGUCUCUGUGGUUGGCAAAGCUGGUGGGGAUAAAUGGAAGUCUAUGUCUGAAGCCGAGAAGGCUCCCUAUGUAGCGAAAGCAGAAAAGCGGAAAGUAGAAUACGAGAAGAACAUGAAAGCCUAUAACAAAAAACAGGCUGAAGGUACCAAAGUAGUAGAGGAGGAGGAUGAGUCUGAAAAAUCCCUCUCCGAGGUGAAUGAUCAGGAGGAUGACGAAGAUGGCAGUGAAGAGGAGGAAGAUGAUGAGUAAAAUUUGCUGACGAGGGCAGUGUGCGUGCAGAUGCAUUGGCCAUCAAAAUGUUUGAUCAUCUCAUGUUUAGUCUCUCGGAACAGAAAUAUGGCACAAUGAUUGAUCAUUUCUUUUAAAUGUUUUUCCUUUUUUUGGAUGAAAUAUAUAUCCUCCAGCUCCACUGUGUUUCAUCUUGUUUUGCUCCUUAAGAAGAUGAAUAGUGAACGAAGAAAAAUCUGCUCUAUUUGUACUUUGCUCUCAGAUUUUAGUGAUUUAGCAAGGGGUUUCUUUUGUAGAUGUUCCAAUGACCCAUUUUAGUCUAGCUUCUAUUCAUGAUGUGAUGUAUGUACUUGCAUCAAUGUUUCUUUUUCCCAUUUUCUGGGAAUACUAAUUGCCUAAUUCCUUGUUUA